AUGGAAACGCAGUCACUUCGUUCAAGCGAAAUUUCAACCGAUUCUCCAUCUGUCUAUCAGCUUAUAAAAUCUCAAGAAUAUUCAGGCUUAACCCCUAUUUCUCCUUUUCUAUCCAAAUUUUCAUCUUUCACAAAUGAUGCCUUGUAUCGAUACCCAAUUCUAGAUGCUGAAUAUCUGACUUCCACCGAUAGUAACCAUCGAGCACUUUUACUGACAAAUAAGGGAAUAUUUUUGGCUAUUUUAUGCUAAUUUUUUUAUAGCAAUUUUUAAUUAAAAUUUCCAUUUAAAUUUAAGGGAAAAAAGUGCUUUUUUUGCUAGACCCUAAAUAAGCUGACCUUUGCAGACAGGAUUAAUAUUAAGAAAAACCUAGAAGUUCUAAGCUCAUCUAGUCCUUUUAGCAAAGGGAGUGAAGACAGUCAUGGAAUCAGUACCCAGGAAAGUCAAGUAACUUUUAUGCAGAUAAAUCAAGUCCCAGUGAACUCUAUUGAAAUUAGUCGCUCUAUAAACAUUUCUGUCUCGUCAAAAAUUUCGAAUUCCGAAGAGUUUUUAGGAAGAAAUUCGUUAAAUUUUAGGUUUUUUGAGAGUAGUCAGACUAAUCCUGAAACUGACCAAGAAAUAGAAAAGCCAGUGAUUGAUAAUGCGGAUAAAGAAAUGAUUUUACAAAUACAGAGGAAUUUCCAUGCAAAGGCUAAUGAUGAAAGAUUUUACCAAUCCAUAACGCCAGCAAGCUCUUAUAACUCCAUCAUUUCGAAGUCAAACUUGCGAUUAACUCCUAGAGGGUCUACCAAUGAAGUUAUAGCUGAAAAAACAAGUGGAGAAAGCGACAUUUUUCAAGAAAAAUUACAAGAUACAAGUGACAUUGAAUGGGAGCCGAACAUGCUAAAUGAUUUUAAGAAAAAUUUUGAAUUGAUGCCAUAUGAUAUUUUAUUAUGAAUAUUUUAAAUCAUGGAGCCAGUAUAUUUUAUAAAGGAUUUUAUUGAUUUUAUAUUACUGGAAUAAAAGAUUAUUUAUUAAGAACUAGAAUAGGUUGAGCGAAAGUUUCGGAGACGAAAAAAUCAAUGAAGACUCAAUAAUGUCGUUAGCUGAAGAAGGAACGGCCCAUCCUCUACAAGUUUAUUGCUCAAGCCCUUCUGCAUCAAAAAAUAUUAUGAUUGCUCGUCAUUUUAAGCCUGCUUUAAUAAAGCUAGAGCCUAAAGUCCUCGCAAGCUUUGCAAUCUCUAUUUCUUCAUGGUCAGAAAUAAGCUCUGAUUCAUUCGCGGCUAUAACUGGCUGCAACCCAUAUUCAUAGCUCCUCCAAUUAAAUUAUUUUUAUGAAAGUUUUCAUUUUGAUUCUUUUUCAAUAAAAUUAAUUCCUUAAUUGAACUAGAUUUUUUGUUUAAUUGGGUGUGAUUAAAUUUUUUUAAAUAAUUAGUUUUUUUUUAAAUCAAUUUUUCAACCCAUAUUCCCCAAUUAUGAGAAAAAUCGCUAUAUGCACUCAAGCAAAUAAUUUUGAAGACCAAACAGGCUAUUCUGCCCUGCUAGAACUUCUCGCCAGUGUCUGCUGCUCAGGCUUCAACUCAGCAUUACAACUAGAGUACUCCAAUAUCAUAAUUAAAAUAUGGCGUCUUCGACUGGAAAUGGCCUCCCGGCCAUGCAGCCUCGACUCAUAUUUUAAUUAUAUCCCGGCAAGGUUUUACCAUUUCAGAGAUGGACAGCAAUGCUAGGUAAGCAAUUCUGGUAGCUUUCAGAGCCUAGCCUAGUUUAAUCUCAGGGGCGGAUUUUUCCUCAUGGGGAAGGAGGGUACGGAAGUUGGAAAGGGGAAGCUCAGCAAAGUCCUUUGGACUAUUCGGGCAACUCCCUAGCGUGAAACUGGGCGUUACGUCCCAGGCUACGUAUUUUUCCUUUUUGCCGACAGCUGAACAGAAAAUCCAUUUUUUUGGGUUUUCGGAAAAGCAACCCAUGUGCAAGCAAGUAGCUCAUCCAUGAGCCGUCGAAGCCGGCAACACUUGCCCUAGAAGCACAUUGGUGAUCGAAGUAGGUUAUCCCCAACGAUUUGUGGGCCCGAUGCGACGAAAGGCGAGCGGUAGACCUGGGGACGUCGACCCUGUAGUGGACGUUAAGCGUUAUAAAUUUUAUGUAAUGUAAUGAAUACUCCAAUAUCGACGCCCAAAACAAAGCAAUAGCCAACAAUUCCUCCUUCAGGCCUUCUCUCUUAUCGGAAAAAGUAUUACAAAGUAUCGCAAGAUCUUCAGUUUCCUGACUUUCAUGCGGUUAUGAGCAUUGUGUAUUAGUCACAAAUGAAGGAAAAGUAAUGACUUGGGGAUAUGGAGCUUCUGGGUGUCUAGGGCAUGGAAAUUUGCAUUCACAUAGUUUUCCUAGACAAGUGAAAGCAUUAGCGAGAGAAAGUGUAGUGUAUUUGGAAUGUGGAGGGUAUCAUACUGUAGCUGUAACAAAUAAUGGAUCUGUUUAUUCUUGGGGUAGAGGAGAUGUAUAUCAGCUUGGGAUCCCGUUUAGGGAGCUCUGCAAGGAUGAAACAGGGUAUGUCUCUCUUGUCCCGUUAAAAAUUAAUUAUAUGUUUUAUAUAUAAAAAUAGCUUUUUUUGGGGUUUUAUAUUAAUUGGGUAGCAGUUUUAUAUAAGAAAGAGUACUUUUCAGAAAGGAACAUCACUAUUAAAGCGAUCGCAUGUGGAGAAGCCCAUACAUUAGCAUUAGAUACUAAUGGCAAAGUUUUUGCAUUUGGCUGGGGGGAGGAUGGCCAAUUAGGAAUCUCUCGAGAUGAGCUUACUAACCAAUCAAUGAGCAAAGAAAUUACCUUAAUUUCUGCAUUGGACUCCUUAAACAUAGUAAAAAUCUCUGCGGGGUCCAUUUUUUCUGCUUGUUUAACUGAAACUGGACAAAUCCUUGUCUGGGGAAAUGGAGAACAAGGUCAACUAGGCCAAGGCAGUUCAGAAACAAGCUCAGACCACCCCAUCAGAGUAGAAACCCUAAAAGAAGAAGUAAUAAUCGAUGUCAUCUGUGGAGAAAAUCACGUCUUAGCCCUGUCUGACAGCGCUAAGCUCUUUGGCUGGGGUCUCGGCAAAGCUGGCAUGUUUUCCUCCUCUCUUGAACAAAAAUUUUCAGCUGGAACUGGCCUUGUCUGCUUUAAGCCAAAAUGUCUCAGCGAAGCUGAUAUAAAUCAGCACUUUGUGGUGGACUCAGACUAUUCCGCUCCUUUAUUAAUCCCAAAGAAAAACGAGCAGUCCUUACUCUCUGCUGUGGCUGAAAAACUCCAAAAGCUGCAACUUGCUUAA